GAGAACACCUGGCACAGAAACGUCCGUACACAGCUGAGGAGGGUUUUACAACAACAAAAAAGGUGAGCCCAUCAUCUUUACCAUCACCUGUCGUCUUUAGAAUCAUCAAUCCAAGUUUGUCUGAAGUGUUUUCUUCCUUUAAAUCAGGUUCUCCUGACCAGCACCGCUGCUUAGCAGUAACACCCCCCCCCCUCGCCCCAAUGCCUCUGCGAUCGAGCACGCGGGGCCGUGGGCCUCCAAGUUGUGACCCCGUGCCCCCAGACCAAUUCGAGGCCCUCUGCUCAAGUGACGGCAGCGAGGACCUGAGACCGGCGAUGAAGAGGAGGAGGAGGCGGAGGAAGAGGAGACCGGCAAUGGCGGCGGUGGCGACGGACACAGAACCGGUGGUGAAACGGCCACAGCGUCGUGGCGGAGACGGGGUCGGGGAUGAGCCGCCGGCCGUGGGGUCACGGUCACGAUCGGGGUCACCGUCGGGCUCAGGCUCGGGGGACUCCGCCUCGCGAGGAGACGCCAGAGACGAGAGGACGCUGAGGCGGCUGGAGAGCAACGAGAGGGAGCGCCAGAGGAUGCACGGCCUCAACGACGCCUUCCAGGGCCUGCGCGAGGCCAUCCCGCACGUCCGCCGCGGACGCAAGCUGUCCAAGUUGGAGACCCUGACCCUGGCGAAGAACUACAUCGAGGCGCUCACCGGGGUGAUCGGGCAUCUGGCCGACGGGGAGCGAAGGUUGGAGCAGCUCGUGCAGCAGCAGCAGCAGCAGGACCAGCAGGAGGAGCAGGAGGAGCAGCGAGGUGCAGAGGGAGACCCCGUGACGAGCGUCCCCGUGAGAGGAGUCCCAGUUAACGGGUUUCCAGUGAAUGGGGUCUCGGGGAGAGGAAUCCCGGUGAGAGAGGUCCCAGUUUCUGGCCAUUUUCGUCGCAAACAGCAGCGGCGCUCGUGCGUCGGGAAGUAGGGCCCAGGGGUCACGGUGGCUCUCUACGUGUGGGCAAGGAGAUGGAGGGGCCUUGUCUUGGUCAUCUUCAGCAUCUAUAUCGUCGUCGUCAUCGUCUUACUCUUGGAGAUGGUGAAAUGUGCGCCAUGCAGCGAGGUUACAAACCCUGGUGGUGGAGAGGUUGGGGGGGAGAAAUUGAACAGUGAGUUGCACUCCUGCGGAUAGACUGGUCCCCGUCAUAGCAACGUGAAAGUUUCACUGUUCGAUUAGUCUAAGCUCAUUUUAGCGCGGAAACACUGACUUGGGUGUAUGCUGCAUAUAUCGAUAAUGAUCAAAGUAGGGGUUCAAAAAUUUAAUAGGCUUUAACCUUUCCAGCAAUCAUAUAGGUAUUAAGAUGGUCAAAAUGGUCCCAUAGGUAAAGUAGGGGUUACCAGUGUGGUGUGUCUGUGUGACAACUGGGCUUACACUGCGUAGGGUACGCAGCCUGGAGGUUCCGAAUAGAAUGGGUGAGGAAGGCGUUGUGGAUGUAAUCAGGAAGAGGAGGUUGUUAUAGGCGUAACGUGUAGAGUGGAAGAGGACACGGGAAGCAACUUGGAGGUUCUGCAUAGAGGAGGGCAGGUGACCGAGAAAGCCAUUGGAGUGGCACCCAGGGGUCGGUGACCACCGGGAAGGCCUAGAGGAGCCAUGUGAUGGUGGCGAAGUUGAGUUUGAGCGCUCCUUACAGGACCUGUCAACCCUCUUACAAACGCGAAGAGACGAAAUGAGAGCAUUGUUGUGUCGAUGAUUAUGGCAGUGUGAGAGCGGUGCUUGCUGAUCCGCCCUCUCUGGACAUCUGUGAAAGAGAACUUCAUAGCCGGUUCCUCCAGGACGAAUACAUCGCCUGCUUCUGUGUCGCCUGCGGAAGAAGAGGGCCACUCUGAGGCGUGCGGUGACGACGACGUCGAGAUCGUGACCGGUCCUUGAGGGACGUGUCCCGUGUACAACAAAGAGGAAGACCUCAAGCCAGGCCGUGGUGGCGACGAGACUCGGGUCAACCGUGGGGGGAAGGUCGAUGGUCGACAUUACGACACCGGAAGGAUCUGGCAGAAAGAAGGAAGCGAUGGCGACGUUGGAUGGUAUGCAGGGUCGCUUUGACCUGGACUUUCGGUCCUGUGACCCGCGUGUAUAUUAGGUGAACUGAAGUGAAAUUUGUUUGAAUUUUGUGUAAAAUUUCACGUUGCUGCAUCUCAGACGAGAGACGCAAAAUGGCGGGUUCUGAAUCUUACGAGGAGUGAUGUUGCCGA